UUAUGGCCAUUUUUUUUCCUAAAACCCUAAACAUUCAUUAGAGACACAAAUAUUUCUAUCUUUCUUCUUUACGCACAUUACUCUCUCACAACAAACACAGCCACCCCACGAGUCACCACCACCACGAGUCACAGCAAACACAGUACAAACUCCAUCUCUGCAUACUCAGAUGCGAAGAAAACUCCCUCUUCGCACUCCAUUUCUUCCGCUUUCCUCCGUUAAUAGCAGUACGACGCGCACUUAAUAGCGCUGACGGAUCUCCCAUUUCUUCCGUUCGCCGCCACCACUCCGUUUUCCUUCCUCCGUUCGCCGACCUGUCAUAUUUGACUUGUUAGGUUUUAUGGAUGCUUAGAUAAGGCAACUUUUCUCUUCGCGUUUGUGAAUGUCAAGUUAGGAUUAUCUACAAAUGCUCUUGUGUCUUUAAGUUUCAAAAUUUGUAGCCAUUGAUAUAUUAUGGUGGAAAGGCCUUACUCGAAUUUUGGAAGCUAAAGGAUAUAUCAGAGGAGAUAACAAGAUACAUGGCUGAUUUAACCAAGAACUUUUCUUCAUCUAGUAAACCUAAUAAAAGAAGAGUUAGAGGUCCAACUUUGAUGACACAAAUUGACAAAGUUCAUCAAACGGGAACAUCUGAUGAUAAUGGUAGUCCAUCUCCACCAUCACGCCAUGAAUUAUGGAAGAGAGCACGACAAAAGAAAGGGGGAGAAUACACAUCAAAGUCUACACAAGUUGUUGCUGAGAAAAUUGAUUCUCUAGUUGAAGAAGCUGAAAAAGGUGUCUUUGUUUUGGAUGGACGUAACGAUAUCUUAACAGCAGCCAUUGGAACAUCUGAGCAUGGCGGUCGUGUUCGUGGUGUUGGAAAACACCAUAAACAAAGCACUUACUUUGGAAGGUCGUCUUCACGCCAAGGACAAUAUAUAGAUGUAAAUGAACAAUUUGCGAAAUUUUCAUCUGAAUUGGAAGAAAGACUUAGAGCUGAUUUUGAUCAAAAGUUGGUUGAAAAUCGUAAGAUGAUGCAACAAUAUUUUAUGGAGACACUUAAGUCUAUCAGUUUAUCGCAAAGCACAGAUAAUAAUAAAUGCAUUGAAAAAAUGGAAGUUGUCGAUUCAAGCGGAAAAGGAAGUUGUUCAGCUGCAAAAGAAAGCACAAAAUACGUGGAAGUUGACGAUGUUCAGAGAUUGUUACUCAUGGUUCUGAAAAUGGCUGACACACACUUGGAAAUAGAAUUAAGUCAUUGUCAAUCUAUCACUAAUUUUUAUAUGUCAGCUAAGUUUAUCAGAGAGUUGUUGGUGGGUUUUAAUUGGCUUGAUGUGUCUAUUCUGCAAGUUUGGUGCACGUAUAUUCAUCGUGUAUGUAUUGAUAGUUCCACAUCAGAAAUAUACGGUAUUAUGGAUCCUGCUAUGUGUAUAUAUGUUGAUAAUGCAAAAAAAUCUCAAGCAGAAGUUAAAAAUUACAUUACAAAGAAGUUACGAGAGGAAAACAGAGUGUGUCACUUACUACCACUUAUUCAUGGACGUCAUUGGCAAUUAAUAGUCAUUUGUCCAAAAGACAAUAUUGUGGUCGUCUUUUGUUCACUUCAUCGAGAAAUUGAUGCAAUCACGAAGAAAAUUGUUACAGCUGCCUUUGGGGUUCAUCAAAUGGCAAAUGGCAAUAGAAAAAAUGCUACAUGGCUUCAUCCCAACACAAGGCAACAACAUAACUCUAAUGAUUGUGGGUACUAUGUGAUGAAAAAUAUGUUUGAUAUUGUCUCUGCCAAUAUAAUCGAGUCUUGGAUGCAGGUAUUUGAUGAUUCAACAGAAAUAACACAAGAUGAUUUGUAUGAUUUGCGACUCCGAUGGGCAAAAUGUUUCUUUGAGUUAUAUAAAGUUUAAGCUUUAUCUGCAAAUGUGAUUUUGGUGUUGUCUACCAAAGCUACAACUCAUCUUAUUGUGGAUUGCAUGUUGGUAUUUCAAGUGAGGGAAAGGACUUAUAAAUUGUUGGAUAUUUUUGUAUGGUUUCACUUGUUUUGUUAUUGUUGUAGUAGUCCACCGUUUGUAAACUUCCUUAUAAUUUUGUACACUUGUGUGUAUCCUAGAUUGAUACUUUUGUAAAUCAAUUGUUCAUUUUAAAGAA